AUGGGGAAGGCUUCCAGAGAUAAGAGGGAUAUAUAUUAUCGGAAAGCAAAAGAGGAAGGAUGGCGUGCUCGUAGUGCUUUCAAGCUUCUCCAGAUUGAUGAAGAAUUCAACAUUUUUGAAGGGGUAAAUCGCGUUGUUGAUUUAUGUGCUGCACCUGGUAGCUGGAGUCAGGUUUUGAGUCGCAAAUUGUACCUCCCGGCAAAGCUGGCGCCUGAUUCAAAGGAUGGCGAUCUUCCACUUAUAGUGGCUAUUGAUUUGCAGCCUAUGGCCCCCAUCGAAGGUGUGAUUCAAGUACAGGGAGAUAUAACAAAUGCAAGAACAGCUGAAGUGGUUAUUAGGCAUUUUGAUGGAUGCAAAGCUGACUUGGUUGUCUGUGAUGGUGCCCCUGAUGUUACUGGUCUACAUGACAUGGAUGAAUUCGUGCAAUCUCAACUCAUACUUGCAGGUCUAACAAUAGUCACGCACAUACUGAAAGUAGGUGGGAAAUUUAUUGCAAAAAUAUUUCGAGGAAAGGAUACCAGUCUGCUUUACUGUCAGUUGAAGCUGUUCUUUACUGAAGUCACUUUCGCUAAGCCGAAAAGCAGUCGGAACUCAAGCAUUGAGGCUUUUGCAGUUUGUGAGAACUACUCACCUCCAGAAGGGUUUAAUGAGAAAGAUCUGCAUCGUCUCCUUGAAAAGGUUGGAAGUCCAUCUGGUGUGGAUGAUCUAGAUUGUAGCAGUGGGUGGUUGGAAGGGCCAAACAAGGUUUACAUUCCGUUUCUUGCUUGUGGAGAUUUGAAUGGUUAUGACUCGGACCAGUCUUAUCCACUUCCUAAAACAGCAGAUGGGACAUAUCAGAGUCUAGAACCUGUACAACCGCCAAUAGCACCUCCAUACAAGAGAGCUCUCGACAUGAAGAAAGCACUAAAUCAGGGAAUCCGAGGUGUGGAGAAACUCAGUAUCGACCCAUCAUCAUGAGUCACUGGAAAUGUGCAUGCGGGGUGCGAUGAUUUGCUACUGAUUAAACCUAGAACUAGAACAGGUUCACCAGACUUGAUCAAACGGAGACCAACAAUAUGUAAGUGUUUAGGAGUAUAGAUAGGAUUUACUUGUACAUCAAAAGGUCUGAUAUUGAUCAAUUUGGCGUCACUGAUAUUGUAAUAUCAAUGAAAUUAUUAAACUCAACCAGAGAGACUAAAAAAGGAACGAAAAGGAAAAUAAACCCGGUAAUAAUAAAUUGAUAGUAAUAACUCCAAUUCUAAUUCCGUUUCAUGGAUUCUCAGGGAGCGGGGUAUACAUUUGUAGAAUACAUAGAAUUGACCUCAAGUUCAUUGAACCAUCAGAAACUGUGAUCUUUGAUACUUGGUUCGCUUCUGAAUCUUUCCGCAUCCCAUAAUUAACCUGAUAAUUAAUCAAGGUUGUUGUAUACUAAAUCCUACCUCAAAAUUAAUAUCUCUCUUUUGGUUCAGCUGGGGGUUCAGAAAUUGCACUGCUACAAACUAUCUCAAAAGAAAGAAAAAUGAAACGAAGGGGCCGGUAAUCUAGCUAAAAAAUGGAAGAAGAGAGCUGGCUAGCGAGAAGAGCAGCUAGUAGUAGAAAAGGAACGUCGCAAAGAGGAAGAGGAAGAAGAAGAAUUCAAGAACUCAAUGCAGUCUUCAAUAGCCUCAGCUCUGUGAGAAUCCGUAACUGACUCUGCAUAUGACCAGGAUCUCACUAGCCCAGGCCCAACCGAUGACGCCGACACCUUGCCAGACCAUUUCUUCUUCCCGGAACUGGACCCAAACCCCAGAGCCUUAGCCACUUUAGCUCCAACCCGCUUCAGAAACCUCAGUGCUGAAGAUGAAGAAGACGAAGACGAUGAAGAAAAAGAAGAAGAGCGGCUGAAGCUUUUGUUGUGAAGAUGAUUGUUGCUGGUGGUCAUAACCACUGAUCUGUUGCCACCAUUAUUACUAGUGCAAGUUGGACUAAACACCACCACUUUUUUGUUGUUCAUGGUUCUUCUCAUGGAGGAGGAGAAUUGAAGAAAUGGAGAGGAUGGCCAAACUAUACAAUAGUAGUAAUAGUAGACUAGUAAGAGUUUAAAAGGAGGAAGUUGGUGUGGGCUUGCUAUUUAAUACUCCUUCCGUCUCAUAAUUAUUGUCUAAUUUGGAUUUUUAUUUUUAAUUCAAAUUAUACUAAAAGUAAAAUCUCAAACUGGACAAAAAUUUUGGGACGGAAGAAGUAUUUAUUUUUGGGGUAAUACACAAGAAACCCUUGUGAUUUGCAAAAUCGCACGAAAACCCUCCCAUGGUUUAAAAAACACCCAAGAAACCCCUCAUGGUUUGUCUAAACAUGUAAAGUGACGGAAAAAGGUAAAGGCGGAGGAUGCAGUUGCAACAUCAAGGUAGAGGAUGAAAGAUACUCUUCCUUCACUCCUCCUAAUUCAAGAAAAAGCUAUAUAUAGAACAGUCAAACAGAAGAACAAAAAUUCGGAUUCAGUUCUGAGAGCUUCAUUCAACACCUCACUUUGUAUCUCCUAUUUGGUGAAUUUUCCUUUUUUUCUUCCCUUUUCCUUUCUUCCAUAGAUGGGACCCCCCCUCCUGUUCUUUUCAAAUUAAUUGACCGUGGACCAAAGCCCCUCAAUCCUCAUCAGUCUUUGCUUUCUUUCUUUCUUGUCUUCUUUUCGUCAGUAACUCCUCAUUGCUCACCUACUCACUUCACUCCAUAUUGCAAAGUUUUACUGUGUUGUUGUGUAACGUACUCAAAACCAAAUACUACUUACUACUCCAUAGGAGUACUACUUAACACAGAACAGUACCAAAACAUCCACAAAAGAGACACUUGUGAAUCAUAUCAUGGUCAAAAGGGGGUGGUGAAUAUUGUGGACCAUUGUGGAGGAGGGAAAAAGAGAACCAAAAAGGGCAGAACAAAAACAGGUCCGACGAGGAAAGAAUACGAUGUGCUUGGCCUUGGGGUUGGUGAACCAUCAUUACUAAAUACUAGUACUAAUCCUUCAACAUUACCGAGACACCCCCCAACCAAGAUUCUCCAAUGUUUCCUUAUCUUCUUUCACUUUUUACAGAUUUGUUCUGCUUUCUCUCCAAUGCCCGGAGAGUCGUAUCUAUCCAGAGAUUACACUCCGGUAAAUCCAUCACACACACACACACACACACACACACACACACAAUUUCUUGGCUGGCCCGCUUUGCUUUCAUAAUUUCCACCAUCAAUCUCAGAGAAUGAGAGAAAGACGGGCAUCUUUUAACCAUUUUCUGCAGAAAAGCCUUGGCAAGUAGGUAAUUAACGACUUUGAAACUUCACAUUAAUGGAAGUGGAGAGACAUUGGUCCAUCCAGUACUCCAACCCAAUCACUGAGAAUGGACAGUCACUCAGAUAUUGACAGUUGACGCCAUAGUUUGAACAAGACACCUAUGAAGAGUCAAAAUUGCAAGCUUGUGUUUGCCUUGAUUUGGACCAUUUCAUCAUAUGAUCAAUAGAAAAACUCGCUACGUGUGUAGCAACAAAUUCAGCAAAUUUCAAUUCAAUUUCUCUGGCCACGAAUUGAUCUAAUCCUGGAAAAACAAAUUAGUCCACUGGACACGCACGCGUGCUCCUGAAUUCACGAAUCAAAGAAGCAAAUGAAAGGCGAAGGCAUGUACAACACACUUCUACAUCUCUAGAUCACUGUUUGAUAAGUGCUUUCAAUUCUAGUUCAUUUCUGGUCCUACACAGCUUCCAUGCUUGCAAUACAUAAAUCAAUUUGGCUGACAGUUGCUCUCAACCAUAACUCGCUUAACUUCUAAGAAUUGUUAUGGCGUUGCAAAAAGGAUCACACUUAGAGGAAAAUGGUGAUCUGAGGAAUGAAAAUCCGAGGUCACCAAAAAGGAAAAAGGAAAGGGGUUCUCACUUUCAGUCUGUCUGUAACCUCGAUAUAUACUGGUCAUAGUAAUUAGCCGCUCGUUCCAAAUCGCCAAGUUCGGUAUAGCAAUCAGCUAUUGCUCCGUAAGCUUCCGUAUUCCCGGAUGUCUCUCCUUCUCUAUUCGAAAUUUCCAAAACCAUAGAAUGGUAUUUAAUCGCUUCUCGGUACUUACCUUGCCUCUGCAACGAAGCCCCUAAAGAUUUCACCAAAGACCAAGAAAUGAUUAAUUGAACAAUUUGGUUACCGAAACAUAAUAUUUUGCUUUGCUGCACAUGGUCGGGAUAAGAGAUCAAUUUCAAGCAGUAAAAGUGAUAUACCUAAGCCUCUACAAGCCUUCUU